GAUUUUAGUUAUGCUUAAAAAAUCAAAUUCCUUACGUUUCUUAAGGAAUGUGUUUACAACUCUUGAGAUAAGUAGUUCUUUUUAUUUUGGGAAGUUUUAGGAAUGGUAGGUUCAUUUUGAUUUGGGCAAUGUAGUAAUAUUUUGAUCUGGUUACUGCCCUAAACCUGUUGACUUGAAUCUAGGUUAUUAAACUCCAAAAUUUAAAUAUGCAGGCUUUAGUAAUCACAUUCUUUGCAUCUCUGUUAUUUUUAUUUAUGGAAACUGUUAAUUCUGGUGGGGAGUAGUUUUCUCUGGAACUGUGAUAAAUUGUCCAUUCAUUAUGUUUUGGGAUUUUGUAAGUUUUCUAUUCAACAAGUUUACCUUGUAGUCCACCAUGGAUUCAGGCCAAUUUGAAAGUUGCCAGGUUUAUGUGUCGGACACUGCUGAAUGAAUCUUAUAGACUAUUGGUCUGGUUUCAAGGCUGUGCCAUUCAUCUCGCAAAAGCAUGGAACAAACAGGACAAGAGAGUAAUGCACAAAAGACAUGGGAAGUUUGUUCGAAUGGGGCUGAAAAGUCAAGUGUCUCCUCUAUUGUCUUUUCUCUGGAAAAGGGAAUUUUUCAAAAACAUCAACCUGAAGGAAAUUUUUCAUCUCCAACACCAGUGAAAACAAAGGAGCCAUCACGGAUUAAGUGCGAAGAAGGAGCACCUGAACUUCCAGAAAAAUAUACAGCAUUAUCUGAGUUUUUUGAUCGUCUGAUUUGUUCACUGAGAUUGCUCAGCCUACGGAAAAAAUCACCAACUUUACAUAAUAUCAGCAAUCAGGUUGAAAUUUUGGCAGGAAGGAAGUUUCUAUCAAGGCAUCUUGCACAAAUAAAAUAUGUACUUCCUGAAGCAGUUCAGAUUGAUAAGAUACUUGUGCAUGAUGAGAAAACCAAGUGCAUGAAGCCAGAAUUAAAGAUUGCAUUGCUAUUUGAUGUUAUUGAAGGCCGUCAUGGAGAAUCUGUGUUCAUGGACCUCAGCAAUCUUUUCUCUUCCCGUCUAAAAGGGUUUUACAUUACACAUCCAGAGGAUUUGGACAUUCCUGAAGCUGUACUUCCAGCACCAUUUAACCAGAGAAGUAUCAACAUGAAGGUGGAGCCGACUUCCAAGGACAUGUCAGCUUUACUGCAGAUGGAUGUAUUAAAUUCAUCCCAUCUCUCUCCAUCUUUCUGUGGACGCUUUUCCCAGAAGGCUUUUGCUGCAGAGAAAGAAAAGACUCACCUACUUUCACCCAUCAAAUCUUCUUGUGUGGCUAAUCAAGAAACUGGAGGAACAAGAACGUUUCCCAACACUUCUUCCGAAUCCACAGCCACUAUCCUAGUGACUCAGACUUCACAUUGUGUUAGCUCUGCCACAUCUGGUAAUACUCCUACAAAGCUGGCUUCUGCAGAAAGUGACAAUCUAGUUGUUGAAACACCUGCACAAUCUACUCCAAUGAGAUUAAUUUCACCAAAUAGAUCAGUGCUUACCUGUGAAAAUGAGUGCAAGAAUGCAACAAGCCAAAACUCCACACCAGGCAAUCUGACUGCAAAGAGGUCAUUAGAUUUUUAUACUUUGGAUGGUGAUAAUACUUCUCAGGACUUCACUACUGAUGAGAAUAAGAUGGAGUAUUCUAAAGGUGUUUGCAGUACUCUUCCUCGAAUGAAAAUGAAAGGGAUUUCUGUAAAGGUUGAUACUGUUCUUUCCAAGGUCGAGGAGAGCAGUUGCUACAUUGAUGACCAUGAGCUGAAUCAGAAGAAACUUAGUUCACACCAGCAGAGAUCUAUUUGUUUGUCUGACCUUGUUCUCUUAAUUCACUAUGUCUUUCAAUCUGUUAGCUUUCGUUCAAUCACAAAGGAAGAACUAGUUCACAAGAUUAUUCUGAACAACUGUGAUAUUGAUGACAGCAGUGAGGUCCUGAUGCAAAUAGAGCAACUGGAGAAACUGGUUCCAGACUGGUUUUAUAAGCAGCUUGCUCCUUGUGGAGACCAACUAUACAAUGUGAAAAAAGUGUCAGACUUGAACUCAGUUCGUGAAAGAGUUAAUAUCGUAUGAUCCAAUUGAACUGAGGGGCAUAUUUGCUUUAUAUUGGACUAUUUCAAAAUUAGAACAGCUUCUGAAAGUCGAAGAGUUGAAAUGGUGUUCCUGAUUUACGAGUAAUUUGGCAGUUUCCCCUUUAGAUUGUAGACGACGCCUGCAGUGGACUCUACCUCUACUGGAUAGUUGGUGGAUGUUCAAGGUUUUUUGCCUCUACUAGUAGGUUUAUAUGUAUUUUAUGCAUGUAUGUUAAAGGAGCAAAUGCGUAUAACAAUAUUGUGGGUGCAUAAUUUCUCUCCUUUUUCCUUUAAUCUUAUCAUAAUUCUACCUUAGCCCUUUUACAA